ACUCAUGAGCUUUUCUCUCUUCCCCAUCAAUGGCUAUUAUGUUUGAGGAAGCGCGCGGAGCUCUGUGACACUCACCGGAAUCACCGGGACAUUUUCCCUUCCAGAAGAACCGCAGCCCAUCUAAAGACACCGGGCACGCACACGUCCUUCUUUAAUUGUCUCAUAUCAGGAGUGUAAAUAUGGUUUAAAUCUUUGCUCUUCUUUUGGAUGGCACAUAGGAUGAAUGGUCUGACUCUUGGACUUGUGGGAAGAGUGUAAUUUAGCCAUGGCAUUUCCUCAAGGAUAUUUGUACCAGUCUUCACUCUCUCUGUUCUCGUGUCCUCCGCACGCGUCCGGGGCUAUCACGGGCCCGCGCACGCAUGAUUUGGGACGCUCGUCCGCUUUCGCCCCGUACGCGUCCACAGCUUUCACCAACACAGCCUUUAACUCCAUCCAGUACAGCUCUGAAUCUACAGCCCCUUUCACUUCUUACGUGGGCUCCCCAUACGACCAUUCGCCGGGCGUAACGGGCUCUGUGGGCUUUCAUCCGUACGCCGGUGCGCUGGGCGCGUACCCGCUCGGAGACCCCGCUUACCGGAAGAACGCCACGCGAGAUGCCACCGCCACCCUAAAGGCCUGGCUGAGUGAGCACAGGAAAAACCCGUAUCCCACGAAGGGUGAAAAGAUCAUGUUGGCCAUCAUCACAAAAAUGACCCUCACUCAGGUCUCCACCUGGUUCGCCAACGCCCGGAGAAGACUGAAGAAAGAAAACAAAAUGACCUGGACGCCACGAAACAGAAGUGAGGACGAAGAUGAGGAGGACAGCAUUGAUUUGGAGAAAAAUGAUGAAGAUGAUGAACCUCUCAAAACCACAAAGACAGCAGAGAUAACCAAAGAUUCAGUUGGCGACGACUGUUCAGAAAAAAUCACAGAAACGCACGACGACGCGGAUCGUGUUACAAUCGACUGCGGAGAGCACGAGACGCGGACAAUGCGCGAGUCGCCGCCGGUGGCCACGACCUCCUCUCCCCAAAACGACACGAGUGAAACCACGAAACCCCCAAGUGAAAACUGCAAACCCACAUCUGUCAUUCAUUCAGCAAACCCGACCCCUAAACCCAAACUGUGGUCUCUUGCUGAAAUCGCUACGUCGGAUAAGGGGUGUGACGAACCGUCCCAGACAUCUGGGAGGUUAUCACCCGCUGGGUCACCCGUGCGGUGUCCGUAUCCCCCGAGACAUUUAUUCUACACUCCUCCGGGAUUCUGCCCGGGCUUCACGAGCGCAUUCGGACCCCUGCGCGAAUCAAACCCGACGCAUCUGAGCGGAAUAAACCAGACUGCGUUACACAGAGACAGUAAACUCACACUGGAGAUGUGUCAGGAACUCAGCUUUGCGCACAUCAGGAGGCAGAAUAUAUAACCAGAUCAAUUACUUUUAUUUAUUAUGUUAAAAAUAUUUUCAGUAUGCCCGAAUAAAACAGCUCCGAUAGAGCAUUUUCUCUGAA